AUGACUCAACCUGGAAUUCGUAUUGCCAUUGACAGAGGUGGCACGUUCACCGACGCCUGGGCUCAGAUCCCGGGUCAUUCCUCAGACGUGAUCUUCAAAGUCCUCUCCGAAUCCCCAACAGAGUACGAUGAUGCUCCAACAGAAUGUAUUCGUCAGAUCCUUGAGCUUGCCAGCGGCUCUCCGAUACCUCGUGGAACUCUCUUAGACUUGACCCCGGUAGAGUCCAUCCGGAUGGGUACUACCGUGGCCACGAAUGCGCUCCUCGAACGUAAAGGGGACCGCAUCGCACUUUUGACCACGAAGGGUUUCCGAGACCUGCUGAAGAUCGGUAAUCAAGCGAGACCCAAUAUUUUUGACUUGUCUGUUCAACGACUUCGGCAGCUAUACGAGACGGUAGUUGAGGUGGAUGAGCGCGUGACGAUCGAAGGAUUCUCGGAAGACCCCGAUCCAAAGCCGAUUGAUGUUGAUUCUGAUAAGGAUCUACAUAUGGGGUUGACGGGCGAAGUCGUUCGUGUGCUGCGUACUCCGAACUUGGAUGCGGUCCGGAAAGACUUGCUCGCUCUUUGGGACCGAGGAUAUCGGUCAGUCGCUAUCGCGUUUAUGCACUCAUACACAUACCAAGAGCAUGAGGUUGCAGUGGCGGGAGUAGCGCGCGAGCUUGGCUUCAAAGUUGCCGUGUCAUAUGAGCUCCAGACCAUGGCGAAGCUGGUUCCUCGAAGUCAGUCGGCCGUUGCGGACGCUUAUCUGUCGCCUGUGACGGAGAAAUACCUGGACGGAUUUCGGAAAGGUUUCAAAGGCGAGUUGAAAGACGAACACGCGAAGAAGGUUUUUUUGAACCAGUCUGAUGGUGGUUUAACCUCGAUCGCAAAUUUCUCUGGUCUUCGCGGGGUGUUGAGUGGGCCUGCUGGUGGUGUUGUUGGCAUGUCAAGGACAUGUUAUGAUUCCGAAGAUGGAACACCCAUACUGGCAUUUGACAUGGGUGGUACAAGUACCGAUGUCGCCAGAUAUGCUGGGGCAUUGGAACACAUCUUCGAAAGUACUAUUGCUCAAGUUACGAUCCAGACGCCACAACUUGACAUUAACACCGUGGCUGCUGGCGGUGGAUCGAUGCUCUUCUGGGAGAACGGGCUUUUCAAAGUCGGCCCACACAGCGCAGGGGCCCAUCCCGGUCCAGCAUGUUAUGGCCGAGGUGGUCCGUUAGCUGUGACAGACGCGAACCUGUUCCUCGGCAGGAUCAUACCGGACUAUUUCCCACGACCUCUAGAUCUUGAAGUAGUCAAAGAAAAAUUCGCUGCUUUGACCGCAGUCAUUAAUUCCGAAAAAGACGGAUCCUCCCAGCUUACUCCAGAAGAGGUUGCUGUCGGGUUUAUCUCUAUCGCGAAUGCAACUAUGACUCGACCGAUUCGGACUUUGAGUGAAGGUCGAGGCUUCGAGACUGCGGCACAUAAUCUUUGCUGUUUUGGUGGCGCCGGUGGGCAACAUGCUGUAGCUAUUGCAAGGGAUCUCGGUAUUCACAGAGCUUUGAUUCCACGAUAUUCCAGCAUCUUGUCUGCAUAUGGCAUGGCUCUGGCAGACGUGGUUGUUGAGAACCAGGAGCCAGAGGCAACUUCCUACACCAUGGAGAACCUCCCCAGACUGGAAGAGCGAUUCGAAAGGUUGAAAGUAGCGGGUGUCGCUGGGCUUGUUUCUCAGGGAUUUCCUGAGUCCCAAAUUGCGCAUGAGUUGUUCUUGAACAUGAGGUAUCAGGGCAGCGAUACAGCGUUGAUGAUUUCCUAUCCAGGAGAUUUCUCGAAAUUUGGUGAUGCAUUUUCUGCGCGCCAUCAGCAGGAAUUUGGCUUUACUCAACCGAGAGAAAUUCUGAUCGAUGAUGUGAGAGUUCGGAGCACUGGCAAGGGAAUGGAUGUUUCUCUUUCUAGCCCAACAGCUGAACUGAAGAAGCUCGCCAAUUCGCCUCCAGCGACACCGAUCAACCCAGAAAGAAACAUUAAAGUCUACUUUGAACAGGUCGGUUGGCUUGAUAUUGGUUUAUACUCGCUCAAGGACCUGAAAGUAGGCACUUGCAUCAAUGGACCGGCCAUGGUAAUCGACAAGACCCAGACAAUUAUUGUGGACCCUGCAAGUUCGGCUAUCAUCUUGCCAGAGCAUGUCGUGAUUGAAAUUACUGGAGCAACUAAGCCUGAAAUUACCACGAAAGCUGUAGAUCCAGUGCAGCUCAGUGUCUUCGGACAUCGAUUCAUGAGCGUGGCCGAGCAAAUGGGCCACACUAUGCAAAAGACUUCAAUCUCAGUGAAUAUCAAGGAACGACUUGACUAUUCCUGUGCAGUCUUCUCUGGGGAUGGUAGCUUGGUUGCCAAUGCUCCCCACAUUCCAGCUCACUUGGGCUCCAUGAGUUAUGCAAUCGCAUACCAGGCACGACUAUACAAGCCUGGUGAAUUGAAGCCUGGCGAUGUGCUUUUGAGCAACCAUCCAUGCUCUGGUGGUACACAUCUUCCCGAUUUAACAGUAACCACACCCGUCUUUGACAGCAAUGAAAAUCCGACAAGAAUCCUCUUUUUCGUGGCGAAUCGAGGCCACCACGCUGAUAUCGGGGGAAUCCAGCCUGGUUCCAUGCCUCCGAACUCGACAGAGUUGUGGCAAGAGGGUGCAGCUGUAGAGUCAUUCAAGAUUGUCAAAGAGGGUGAGUUCGAUGAGCCCGGGUUGAUUGAGGUGUUGGUUGAUAUCCCGGCUUCUUAUCCUGGGUCAAGUGGUACACGGACCUUGCGGGACAACAUUGCAGAUUUGAAAGCUGCAAUCGCCUCUAAUAAUAGGGGUAUUCAGUUGAUCCGGUCGUUGAUCGAAGAAUACACCUGGCCCGUUGUGGAAUUCUACAUGAAGUCCAUUCAGGACAAUGCCAGCCAGUCGACCCGCGAGCUUCUCAAAGUAAUCGCUCGGAAGUUUAAAGGACAGCCCCUAGAGGCCGUGGAUUACAUCGACGAUGGAACUCCUUUGGCACUGAAGAUCACCAUCGAUCAAGAGAGUGGCGAUGCAGACUUUGACUUCACCGGUACUGGACCAGAACAUUUUGGAAACCUGAAUUGUCCACCCGCUAUCAUGUACUCGGGGAUUAUGUAUUGUCUUCGGUCGAUGAUAUCCUCCGACAUCCCUUUGAACCAGGGAUGCCUGAAGCCUAUUCGACUCAUAUGCCCACCCAACACCCUCCUCUCACCAUCCCUCAAAGCGGCAACUGUCGGGUCUAACGUCGAGACCUCUCAACGCAUUGUGGAUUUGAUCUUCAAGGCGUUUCGUGCCGCGGCUGCUUCUCAGGGUACCUGCAACAACCUAACUUUUGGUUACGGUGGCCGCGAUCCUGAAACCGGGGAAGUGAUCAAGGGAUUUGGAUAUUAUGAAACUAUCGCUGGCGGAUCGGGGGCCGGCGCAGAUUGGGAUGGCGAAAGCGGCGUGCAUACACAUAUCACCAACACUCGUAUCUCCGAUCCGGAAAUUUUCGAAAGGCGUUAUCCUGUCAUCCUCCACGAGUUCUCUAUCCGGAAUGGAAGUGGUGGAGCUGGACGCCGCCGCGGUGGAGAUGGGUGUACUCGCGACAUCGAAUUCCGAUUGCCGAUGCAGGUUUCUAUUCUAUCCGAGAGGCGUGUUAUUCCUCCAUAUGGAAUGGCGGGUGGUGAGGAUGGGAGUCGAGGGGUGAAUAUGUGGUUGCGAAAGUAUCCCGAUGGUACGAGUAGGCUUAUCAGUCUUGGUGGAAAGGCAACAACGCAUAUGAAUCCUGGUGAUCAUAUCAUUGUACAUACGCCUGGAGGUGGUGGGUAUGGGAAGGACCCGAACAAGAAGGAAGAGGUUUUUAUGGACAUUUUCAAGGUCCACGAGAAAUUUGUACCGAGCACUUCUCUGCUGCGGACAUGA